UCCCGUCAUCACAGCAGCAGAGCCCGGCUCAGAGGACCGAGGAGAGGCGGCGGGUACCGAACCGGACACACAUGGUUCCCCCGCGGGAAUAGAUAACGGGACCCGGGAAGGGGGGGGGGGGACUCGGAGCCGGGAGGAGGGAAGAGUCGGUGACACGCGCUCCUGUGUUGAUGUGCGAGUUUGAAUACCUGCGGAAAACAGUCCCGACGUCCUGUAUUGAAGCUCGUCUGUCCUGUGUGACCCCCUGACACAGAGAGGAUGGUGAUGGAGGAGGGGGGUCCAGGAGACAGAGGGAGGGGGGGUCCGGUGCCGGCCGGAGCGGAGGGACGGCAGAUCUUCGUGGAGCUCGGGGAGCAGAACCUUGACGCCAUUUGUCUUUCUACAUAUCGAACAUCCUGCAAGCUCCGGUUUGUACAGAAGAGAUGCAACCUGCAUCUGAUCGACAUAUACAACGUGAUCGAGGCGGUGCGGGACGCCGGUCUGAACGCCGUGGAGCUGAACGCCGGCAUCUCCGUGACCCGACUGGAGAACCUGGUGUCGUCCCUGUUCAACCAGCUCAGCAAGCGCCUGCCCACCACGCACACCAUCAACCCGCAGGAGAGCACCGCCCUGUUCGUGGAGUUCUUACUGGCCGCCGUGGACAGUGAACCAGAGAGCCGACUGACGGUGCUGUCGGUGAAGGCGAUGCUGGCGAUGCUGUGUGGAGGGAAACUGGUGGAUAAACUCCGCUAUGUGUUUUCUCAGAUAUCUGACUCCGGUGGUGUGAUGGUUCUGUCCAAAUUCGAUGGGUUCCUGAGGGAAGCUCUGAAGUUGCCCACCGUUGUUCAUGAAGCACCGUCCUUCGGCUACACACACACAACAGCUCGCUCGUGCUUCCCACAGCAGAAGAGGGUGAUGCUCAACAUGUUCCUGGACAUUGUCACCGACCCUCCUCAAUGUCUUGUUUGGCUGCCUCUCAUGCACCGACUGGCCAACGUGGAGCACGUCUAUCAUCCCGUGUCGUGCUCUUUCUGUCGUGGCGAUGGCAUGACGGGCUUCCGGUACCGCUGCCUCCGGUGCCGCGGCUACCAGCUCUGUCAGAACUGCUUCUGGCGCGGCAGCGUGAGCGGCUCCCACAGCAGCCGGCAUCAGAUGAAGGAGCACUCGUCCUGGAAGUCCCCAGCGACUAAGCUUGGUCGAGCCCUGAGCAGGACUCUGGGCUGCGUGUCGUCCAGAGAUCCCCCCCACCCAAUCUAUCCAGAGGAACCUGAGAGGACGCUGAACCUGUCCAACAUCGUCCCCUCUCGGCCUGCUGGAAACGCCAAUGAGGCCAUGUUGCUGUCCUCGUCGUCACCGGGCUCCACCAAACGAUUGGCAGCGGCUCAGCGCAUGAACGAGGAACACGCUCUGAUCUCCGCGUACGUGAACCGUCUCCAGAGCAGCCCACGUAGUGUGGACUGUCCCAGCAGACAAGAUGAGGAGCACAAACUGAUCGCCCGCUACACGUCCCGCCUGGCGGAGUCUGACGGUUCAGGAGUGAUACCGAACCGGAGCAUCAACUUUGACGUGAACAAGCAGAAGAGGGAGCUCAUCGCUCAGCUGGAGAGUAAAAACAGAGAGAUCUUGGCAGAGAUAAAACAUCUCCGCACGGAGCACGACGCCGCCUGCCAGCUCGGCCCGGAGAGGGGCAGCACCAACCCCACCCUGCUGGCCGAGCUCCGCCUGCUCAGACAGAGGAAAGACGAGCUGGAGCAGAGGAUGUCGUCUCUACAAGAGAGCAGGAGGGAGCUGAUGGUGCAGCUGGAGGGGCUGAUGAAGCUGCUCAAGGAUGAGGAGCAGCGACAGGCAGCGCAGGCCGCUGGCUCUUCUCACGCUUCUCCCUCCCGGCCGAGUCCUUCAGCCGUUCGCUCUGUAGGUGCUGCGUCGCCGCAGGCUCACAUGUACCCCCCCCAGGACUCCCUGGCCGGGGUGGGGGGGGACGUACAGGAGGCCUUCGCUCAAGGAUCAAGAAGGAACCUGAGAAACGACCUCCUGGUGGCAGCUGACUCCAUCACCAACACUGUGUCCUCCCUGGUCAAAGAGCUGCACUCGGAUGAUGGUCGGGAGGAAGAGGAGCGGCUGCUGAACGGGAAGGACAGAGGUACAUCUGUCUCUCCGAGGAGCGGCUCAUGACCUUUACUCACAGGUUAAAAUCAUUGGAGGAGCAACUGGAGCAGUGUGAGGUUUCAUCUUGGCCGAACGAGACCCUGCAGGGCUUCAAGCGGAUCUUCUUCGAACCCUCGUUAGCCAAUGGGGAUGAGCGCUCCACUGCCGAUCAACCAAUCACGAUGCUGGACACCAAAUGACCCCCACAGCAGGGGGGGGGGGUCCCUACUGAUGUAUAGCUGUGAUUCUGUGUGUGUGUGUGUGUGUGUCUGGUCACUGUGGUUUUACGUUAGUUUUUUGAUUUGGUCGUGCGUAGCUAAACGAGCAGACGGAUGCCUGCUGAUUUGUACUGUAGCAUGUGUGUGUGUGUUUGUGUGUGUGUGUGUGUGUGCGUUGUUUUCGAGUUGCGAGAUGGUCGAGCAAGUGAGAGAGAGAGAGACACCAUGAAGAGACAGAUGAGCUGCGUUCAGGACAUUUGUGAAGGAUUACUUUUUUAAAAGGAGGAAAGUUUCUGGACCCGAAAGGAGGAAGUGCACGUAACCACGUGAGAGGAGGAACAUAGGGAAGUCAAAAAGAGAGAGACAGGAAGUGAGAUGUAAGGUUUCAAGUUUCAGCACUGUGUGCUUAGUAUUUAUUGCUUUGAUUUGAUGUUUUGACAUUUAUUCAUUCGGUUGAGUGCCUCUGUGUUCACCAGUGUGGUCGGGCCCUGCUGUAAGCUUUAAUGUCCCCCCCUCCCCCCUCCCCUAGUCUGGUCCAAGAGAUGCAGAGUUGAAGUGUCGGUCCAGAUCUGAAACCUGGACCAGAUUAGUGCCGUGGUGCUGGAAGCAGGUCGUCCACUCCUCUCUGUGGAUCCACUGCUGCAGCGGGACCACGGUUAAAGAGGUCAUAUCUGAUUACUGUGUGUGUGUGUGUGAGAGCAAGUGUGUGUGUGUGUGUGUUCAACAGGGGAGUGGGCAAAUCGUUAAUGCACAUUUUAAAAGUUUUUUUUUUAAAGGAUCAGUUCAAGAAGAGAAAUUAAAAAGAAUCCGUGGUUUUUAAUUUUUAAAUAUUGGAUAACCAGCCAACAACAGUCUGACACUUGAUUGUUUUGGUUUUAUAGAAUUAAUAUAUACAAGAAAGAAGCAAGUUGCCUGAUCAUCUGAAUCAUGAUUUGUCUUAAUAUAUAAGGAAUUUGAAAAAUAAUUCCUGGUUCCACCUUUAAUCCACAUCUGCAGCAACAUGUAAGAUGCCCCCCCCCCCCCCAGACCUCGUCCCUCCGAGUUUAAAAGUAGUUUCCUGUUUUAAUCCUGCAAACAAAUAAAAAAACAAUAAGCACAUUCUUGAGCUAAUCAUUUCAAAAUGUGCAAUAUUUGAUUAAAUCUGAUCUUUACUCAUUAUUUAUUAUAUUUUAUUUGUUAAUAGAGUAAGAAAUCAGUUUAUUAAUUUCUUGCAACAACAGAAUAAGAAAAUAAUCAGAAAUAAGUUUUGAAAUUACAGAAUUUUGUCCAAUCAAGUCCUUAAAACCGCUAAAUAAAACUCAAACGUGACUUAUUCCAUCCAAACAUUCUCAAAAUUAACUCCUCACACUUUGCUCAUCUUGAAACUCCCUGUUAAAUGCCUCUGAUUGUGGAAGUUGAACUUUACUCUGCCCCCCCCCCCCCCCAAAAAAAACUCUUCAGCCCAACGUUUUAUGCAAAUCCACGAUCCAAAGCGACUCACUGAGCUCGAGUCACGUCAGGUUGAUCUGAUUUUCAUGUUCCAGCCGUGAGAUGUUAUUUUUAAUCAACAGGUUUGGAUUGAUGUUCACAAUAAGCUGUACAUUUCCCCCCCCGGCCUCCACUUUGUUCACCUGACUACUUGCGGCUGGGAUUAUCACGUUUCUGAGUCCGCAGCAAUGAUUGACUGACAGUGCCAGUGAUUUAAUAAACAAAUGAAAUCGUGUUUCAACGUGUGUGUGUGUGUGUGUGUGUGAGAAAAGGGAGAGCGAGAGAAAUCAGGACUGACAGGACCGACUCGUCCAGACAUGAAACUCGUUCAGCUCUGAACCUGCCGGAGCUGAGACGCUGUGUGAGUGAAACGUGUGGAUCAUCUGCAAUAAAUGAUAUUUAACGUCAAA